ACAUAUAGGAUGGGGUAGAUCAGAGCAGAUUAUUGAGUUUGAAGACGCUAUUUAAUUAUGGUGUUUAGUUAAAUUAACGCUGUAGCUUCGAGUACAACUCCAGUGCAAGUACAGUAAAAAUUAGGAGAUUAAUAAUUGAUAAAAUAAGUUAAAGAGAGAAAUAUAUAAAAUAUGUAAAAAUUAAGAGAUAAUAUACAAGUAUGUACAGUAAAAAUGGAGAGUUAAUAUACAAGUAUGUACAAAAUAAACGAUAUUUGCGUAUUUCUAUCGCAAUAUCCAGGUCUGCCUACGUGUUUUAUUUUAAUAUCGAUAUCCGUUAAGAUUAGGAAACGCCCAUACAAGUCACCUGAUCUACACCAACCAAUAGAAUCCCGGCAGCGAAUUUAAAAAGGUGCCGCGAGCCUCUCAAGCACAGUUCAUACCAUAACAACCUCUAAUUUGGUGCGACAGAGCUAACAGCGGAACCAAACACGCAGAACACAACUUUGUACGGUAGGUAUCAUCGAUAACACGGUCGCUGACGAAAGGAUACCCCUAAAAAGUGCAAUAUAAAGAGACUAAUGUUCAGCGAGCUCUACAGUGGGGCUAAAUUACAGUCAACGAGGCGCCAUUUGGAUUUAAUGAAGCUAACUGCCAGUGUUUUGACCAUAACUAACCUAGCUAUGCUAUGCUACCCUGAGUGUAAAGAUGCUGUUUGGUCUCAUAGGAACAAAAUCAACGUUUUUCAUUGUCAGUUUUGUGCGAGUUUUAGCUUUUGCGUAUAGUUAAGUCAUGAAAAACUAAGCCAUCAAAACCUUAUAGUAUUUGUUAUUUUAGAUUAACAUCAACACAUCUGAUUGGACCUAUACUUUUCAUGCUAUAGUGUACAAAAAUAAAAAAUCAUCGUAUAGGUCUUUGUGGGCGUGGUUUGUUAAGAUUCAGGUUCUGUUUUUCAGACAAAAUGGCCAACAUAAUCUUUGCAGAGCAAGAAAAUGCACGUCUUCAUCCACCUUCUCUGAAGAUGCGACAGCGCCUUCAGUCUGCUCCAGGUAAUAAAAAGCUAAGUAGAUGACAGAGUUCUGUCCUUUUAAAGCUGUGUAUGGAUACAUAAAUAGAACACUGCUCUUUUCCCACUUCUCCAGAGAAACUGAUGAAAUCUCCAGUGACUGCCAAAAGCAUUACAACUCCUCUGCCAUUUAAUCGUAAAGCUUUUGGUACUGUAAAUAAACAAGUUUCAACUCCUGCCAUCAACACUCAAGAGAAGAAACUCCUGAAGCCCCAGGUUAAAAUUCACUGAAAUGUAGUUAAAAACUGUAAAGUGACCAAUUUAAUCCAUACCUCAAACUGUGCCUGUGCUGAUACAGCUCUUUGUAUCCUACAGGAAACCAAAGUCAAACAGGCCCCUCCAACCAAAGUGGAGGAAUAUCCAGAGAUUGAAAAGUUCAUACCUUAUGACCCUAUUGGUAAGUAUUAUAUUAGCUCUGUUGUCACAUUUAGAGGUAAAUGCAUACACAAACCUUAAUUAUAUAUUUUUUGUAAACUUGCUGUAGCACAUGCUUUAUACUAGUACAUUAAGGACUCCAUUCAGGCCACUAGGAUACAUUCUCCUUUAAGCUUAUCUGUAUUUGCUUUGUAAGAGGACAUGUAAGGCCAGUGGAGUUGAUGUUUUUGACUGUUUGACAAUGUCAUGUUUUUCUAGAUUUUUGGGUAAAUUUUGUUUAUAAAUGAAUUGUUCAAAAUUUUCCAGAGUUUGAGAAGUACAGCAUACCUGAAGAUCUGAUUCCUCUCAGUGGUUUUGCUCUGCCCGGGCUGGCUUGCUUCUCACAAACCCCACAUCAUUGUGAGGAAGAUCUUAGACCGAUUGAUCCACUUCCAAACCUGUCACCUUUAAAGAUGCCAAAACGUUCAGGUAAUAUGUUUUUGUUUAAGCUACAUUCGCACUAAUGAUUUUGGCUGAUAAAUACACUUGGUCUAUCGAACUGCAUCACAAUAGGACUUUGUAAUCCCUGAAAGAUGUAUUCUUAUCUAUGGAUGUUUUUGUUAAACUCCAUUUAAAGCUUAUUGAAGCAAGAGAGGCUGCCAUCACUUCUGUAAUCUCUGAUAGUUCAGUGUAACACAGGAGGUCUCCUCAGAUGGCUGAAGGUUAAACAUCAGAAUAUGCAGAAACUGAUUAAAAAAUGAGGAGUCCCUUCCCCAAAAAAUAAGUCUCCAUAGUGAUCGGGAAUUGACUUUACACUAUCAGACCUUAUGCAAACCACUGCUGCAGCAGAAUUUGGCCAAUGUCUGAGGCAAUUAAAAGCAGCAGCAGCAAAACAUAAUAACAUACUGGAGCUGUGAGAUGCCAAAGACGCAGAGUCCAGAAACACCUGCUAAAAAGGAAGCAACUUUAGCUUCGCAUUAUUCUCAUCUGGCCUAUAUGAAGGAGACCCUUAAAGGAUUCAGAUGCAACUUUUUCAGAUCCCUUAACAAUAAAUCAACAGCUGGAAAAUGGUCAUCUGGAGGGUCUCUUAUUAGCCUGCUGCAUAAUCCAAAAACCACAGUGAUCUUUGUGCAUUUAUGGAAAAAAAAUAAAAUAAAAUUGUCCAUCAGAUGUAUACAUUUUUUUUUUUUAUUUAGAAAACACUGCUUAUAUUUGCACAGUACAAAAUCGGCAAACUUGUAAGAGGUACUGCUUUGCCCACAGGGGGCACCAAGAUCAAGGAAAACAAAGUUCCCAUACAGAAGCAUCAAAUGAAGAUCAAUGUUUUUAACAUAAUUGCAUUCAUCAUUUUAAUGAAGUUUAUUAAUGACUGUGAAAUACACAAACAAAAAUGAACAGAUUGAGCCCUUACAAGGUACAGGAGAUGUAAGUACACGCUGGCGGAUGCUUUGUAUCUAUGAAUGAACUUAAUACAGGUGAUAGCUUGAAAGUUGUGACAGCACAAAUCAUCUUAUAAAUAGGCUAAGAAAGGAAAUCUGAAUGCUGAGUGUUGCCAUACUGCUAUGAGGUCAGCUGUGUUAAUGUAACUCAGGCUAAAAUAAAUAAGAAGGUCAAGUUUCUCUUCAAAUCCCACCCUGACCUGACCCUUCAGAGUAAUUAUUGUGGCAUUGUCGAGACAUGCAGAGUCUGGGGUUUCCACGUGUCUAGUCUUCAUGGUGUCUGAUGCCAACGCAGCACAAAAGAGGUAAAUGGAGCUUUGUCUUGGCAGAGGUAGUGCUCUGAUCAUGAUAACCUGAAUCAUCUAGAGAUACAGUUGGCUUGUAAAUGUUACACUAUCUGAUAAGAACAACAGGAGUGAUUCAGAAAAGUAGAUCUCAAUGAAAAACUUGCAGAAGUGACAACCGUCUGGUUACUGUGGCUGUUGCGUAUGAAGCUUAAGCUUUAAACUACAGGUGUCAUUAACCCACUGUAUCAUUAACUGUACUGUAUCUCACUUUUUCAGAUUGUGGCUCCGAGCUUGACGCCUUUCUCCAAACACUCAAUGAGCUGACUGUUGAACUUCCUCCAGAAACUGAUGGUUACUGAAUUUUAACUGUUGUGUCGUGUGUUUUUCAAGACCAAAUUUUUUUUUACUGCAAUAAACAUGUUUUAUCUUUCA